CAGCUCCGCGGCCAUGUGCGCGGGGGCGGAGCGGUUCCGCCGGCCAAAGGCAACCGCAGUCAGCGCUGGUCGCCCGGGCGGGGAUGCUGCGCUACAGCUCGGGGCUCACCCUCACCGCCACCACCCCCCGGAGGUCGGCCGGCAGCGACGGCCGCGCCCGGCGGAAGAUGAAUGUCUGUAGGUUACGCUUAACGGUACCACCUGAUGAAAGCUCACAGCCUGAACAGGGCAUGAAGGAACCAGAAAGAAAGAAAAAUCAAAAAAGUGGGCUGUCAAGAAGCCAUAAAGGGAAUUUGCUUCUGUAUGUGAUGGAGAGAAUCAAGCAGAAACUUGUCAGGCCUGGAUCAAAGAAUGAGCUCUACCAUGUACCAAAUGGCAUGUCUCCGGGGAAGCUCUCUCAUGGGAUGGUGUACGGCGUCGUGCACCGAACUGACAACAACCAUAAGAGAGAAAUGGUGGUUUAUGGCUGGUCAGCUGAUCAGCUGAAAGAGGAGAUGAACUACAUUAAAGAAGUGAGAGCAACUCUGGAAAAAGUAAGAAAGAAAAUGUAUGGUGAAUAUGAUGAAAUGAAACGAAAAAUACAGCAGCUUACAAAUGAACUGAAAGUGACAAAUGCUCAUCAGGAAUCCUUAGAGAAUCAUGUGCGAGUGCAGGCUGCAGCCUUAGAUAGCUUUAGUGAAAUGAACAGCUCCUUGACAUCAGCAUCAAUAGACUUGCAGAAAACUCUAGUGGAUGUUACAUUGGAGAACACCGACAUAAGGGAACAAAUAAGGAAUUUAAAACAUACACAUGAGCAAUCUAUGGAAAAGCUGAGAGAGAAGCAAAAGCAACUGGAAACAGCACAAAUUGAAAAUCAGUUACUGAAAUUAAAGGUGGAAUCAUCACAGGAAGCCAAUGCUGAAGUCAUGAGAGAGAUGACAAGAAAACUGUACAGUCAGUAUGAGGAAAAAAUGCGAGAAGAGGAACAAAAACAUAAAGCUGAAAAAGAAAUCCUCCUAGAGGAAACAAAUCGGCUUCUCAAGGCUAUUGAAGAGGCAAAUAAGAAAAUGCAGAUUACAGAAACAAGCAUACAGGAAAAAGACCAGAGAAUUGGUGAGCUGGACCGGCUGAUUGAGCGCAUGGAAGAGGAGCGUCACCAGCUGCAAAAGCAACUCGAACUAAAUGAAAUACAAAUAUCUGGAGCAAAAUCUGAUAACAACUCUGACAGUGAAAGGUCACAGCAUUUGGAGGAGGUAGCAGCUAGCCUAAGAGAGCGAAUCAAACAUCUGGAUGAUAUGGUUCACUGCCAACAGAAGAAAGUCAAGCACAUGGUUGAGGAGAUUGAAAUGCUAAGGAAGAAAGUAAAAGAAAAGGAAUUAUUUAUAAUACAGCUUUUAGAAAAAAUCUCUUUCUUAGAAUGUGAGAAUAAAGAAUUACAAGAUAAAUUGGACUACUUAAUGGAAAACCAUCCAAAGACCAAUAUAGAAACCAGAGAUACUGGUGUAGAAUGUGAUCUUCCAUACAGGAAAUUCAUUGCUAGGCUUCCAGAUAAGGGUAAGAAGAUCUCCGAUUUUGCUGAAAAGCUGACACUUGCCAUUUUACAAGAGGAAGAAUUAGCGAGGACGGCUGAGCUAUUGUCUGCUGUCAGGUUGGAGUUUCAGGGGAAACAGGAGGAGAUUAUUACAAGCAAGCAGCAAGUUAUCCUAAACGAGGACACGCUAAGCAAUGAAGAUUCCACAGUCUUUAAUGAAAACUCUAAUAUUAAAGAAAUUUUUGAGAUUUCUUCCCAAAGGCAGGCGGCAGAAUGUGUUGAGCAAGAUGCCACAAAUACAGCUCUGGAAAAUGAAAGGACUCAGAGGAAAAAUGAUGAAGUAAAGACUGUUACAAAAGAUCAGAAUCUUUCUUGUGAAGUCAUCUCCAAGUCAGCCACAAGCAGUCAUCUGAAAAACGAUCAGCAGGUGUUUCAGAGCAAUACUAAGGAUGGUACAGAAAGAACAGCUGCUUUGGACAGCAGUAAAGAUGCGUUGGUUGAUGCCUUUCAAAAAGUUACAAUUGUAGAUGGGGAUAGUAGUGAAAAAAUAUUGGAAAAACACCAGAAUGUGGCUAAACAUAAGGGCAAUAUCUUUGGAAGCCUGCACCCGAAGACACCACAUUAUAUUGAAGUUCUAGAGUCUAGAGCCAAGAACCCAGUCAUUAAAAAAAGCAAAUUUAAAACAAAUGUAUUAUCAGGAGAGCAGAGUGGAUCAUCGCAUGGUUCCUCAUCCAGUCAGUCACCUGGGGGAUCUGGCUCUCCAAUUACUACUGAAGAAAGACGACUUAGAGAUAAGAAACAUUUGAAUGACAUAACAGCAGCUCGGCUGCCACCGCUUCACCAUUCCCCAGCUAAGCUGUUAUCCAUAGAGGAAUCCAUAGCAAUUCAGAUACAGCAAAAAGAAGCUUAUGAGGAAAUGCAAGCUAAGCUUGCAGCACAGAAGCUUGCAGAGAGAUUGAAUAUAAAAAUGCUCAGGUUUGAACCAGAGGGGGAGGCCUCAAUGCAAUACAGAGAAGUGAGAGAUGAAGAUUAUUUUUCAGCAGAGGACUGAAUGCAAGAAGGGAUGUCUGAGGUUGAGCCACGUAACUGAUCUUUAUACAGUACUUCUUAAAACCCAAACCUGGAUAUUGAGAAUGCUUGAUCUAAUAAAUUUUUUUCUUAAGAUUUUAACAUUACAGUUAUGGGGAAGGUUCAAUAUUAACUUCAUAAAUAUAAAUUUUAUUAAGUGGCAACCCUGGUGUUACCUGGGGACUGCUUUUUGAGCACCCAAGUUAAUCAGUUAGUCCUUGUGGAACGUCCCAUAGUUUUCAGCUACAGCGAAGUGAGCUCUUUGGAGGCUAUGGUAAGUCAGCGGUAAGAGAAGGUUUCUUCUGCACAGAAGUGUGGUUGCAAAGGGCAUUGGAGCACUCGUCCGUAAAGUAGGCUAAAGUGCCUGUGAACUGCCUGCAUGUAUGAAAGCUCUUGUCUUGUAUAAAUGUGAGAUACUUUUAUCUGUUUAAGAUUAUCUUGCUUUUACCAUACAGUGAGAAUACAUCCCCAGACAGCUACAAUAAACGCGUGAAAGGCAGUAAGUUAGCUUCUUAUCUCAUGAGAACUUCUUUCUGUACCUGCACCUUAAAAUAACACUUUCUGCGCUUAUGUUGUAAAUAGAUUAAGAAUUUCAAGUUAUUUUGUAACUCAAAUUCUGUUUGGGAUUUAAGGGACUGCCAUUUCAUUUGUGGUGAUUACUGCAAAGCACAUCAAGAGAUCAAGUUCAUCUGAAGACUUUUAAUAUUUUUAUUAAAGGUCUGGUGUUCUUCCAUAUUUUUGUACACCACUUUCGUACUUUGGAAUACUAUUUUUUCAUAGUCUGAUCCUGUAAAUUAAGAGAUCUGGUUUUCUUGGAGAAAAUGUUUUGUGUAUUUUGCAGUUUUAGCUGUUCUUUGAAGAUAAAAAAAUAAUCUUCCUUAUAAUAACAUUUUCUGCCUUUUAAUGUGAGUUUUGAAAGAUAAGGAACACACCUGAGAAGUAUUUCACAAUGAUAUUCCAGCCCUAGUAUGAGUUCAGUUCUAAAAAACAAACCUCAGAGAUUCCUCAUAUAGCGUGGUAGCGCUUGUUUUCCAAGCUGCUGCAGCAGCAGUGUGUGCAGGGCAGCUGCGUGUGCAAGGCUCGCCCUGGCUGUGUACAUAUUCCUGCAGGAAUGGUGUCUCUGGAAACUCCAGAUGUGAGUCAUUCAGAAAGCUGCAUGAUACCAUCUAGAAAUGGGGAUGAAAGUUUCUGCCACUUCUUGAGCGCAUAUAGCACUUUACUAGCAGGCAGUAACUCUCCCCCACGUGCCCCACGAGCUCUCCCGCGCAAUCCCUGUGGCACAGUCCAUACCCUGGCAAUGCACUUUCACAGGUGGAACUGCUGCUAAGCUAACAUGUGGUAUUUUUUGAUUAGGUCAUCUGUGAUGCUUGUUUCCCUUACCCUUUCCUCUCACAGGUUUCUUGUUCUCCUUGUUCAUUGGCUUCUCAUCAGCUGUCUGCUCUUCCUUUUCCCUCAGAAGACUUAUCUCCUGUCACUAAAGCAAAUUCAUAUAUUGCACCCCUGCAUCAUGCAUUCCCUUUCAUAGGACGUAGCACUGCUUGUGUCUGCAUUUAACUUCUGCCAUGCGUCAUGCAUCCUCCCACCAUUGCUGUCUUCUGCCGCUUUCUGUAACUCCAUAUAAAUACCAGCUGUGCAUCUGGGCACCUUCUGUGUACCUCAGUCACUUGCAUAUCUCGCAGAGACCUGAAUGUCUUUGUGUUUUUGCCACAGCUGCUCUCCUACUGAGGCUAUCCUUUCUUCUUUCCUAUUUUGGUUUCAGACUGUGCAGGUGUUUGCCACUUCUGGGCUUUAUAUCCUCCUUUUUACCACCCAUCCUUCCAGCUUCUCACAGUCACUUGUCUUUAUCAGUGCUAUUUUUUGGGACAUUUUCAGUCAUGACCCAUCUGAUCCGCAGGGCAUUGCUGCCCUCAGCGUCUUCCUUCACAGGCCAGUGGGGCGCUCUUCUCUUGUGGAUGCAGUUCGUCUCUCAGACCACCAUCAUCCAGCUGGGUCUUGCCAUCAGUCCUGCCAUUAUUUCAGUCUCUUGUACUGCUUAAGGACGAGAGGCCUCAGAAAUGCAUUGGCUUUCUCUUUGCUGUUGCAUGAAGCACAAGCUACCACUUCCAGGCCUGUUUGCUUCUCUCACCCUCAUUAAGAUCAUCACCAUUGUCCCUGUACUGACUGUGCUGUCACACUUUUUAAGUUCUUUAAGCUUUUCUGUGCUAACAGAAUUUACACAAAGCUACACAGUUAAGAAUUUGUUUUCUAGAUUACUGAAAUCUAGCUCAACAUAGGCUUCUGCUGACCACUGUCUUAUGCUAACUAAAAUUAUGCUCUUUCCUUGUGCUUUUAAGGCUUACUUUUGCUCUCUAAAUUUUGUGAAGCAGAGGCAAUUUUCCUGAUCUGUAUUUUGAUAGGAUUCAACGUGUUGGGACUUUGCCAAAGUGGAUCCCCUGAAUGGGCGAACUUCACCCUUAAGGGAAAAAAAAUAAAAAAACCCACUCUAGUAACAGGUGAGGUGCAUUAUAUAUUUGUUACGCAAUUAGCAACUGUUCAGCUCAGUGCUGGGGUAGUCCUCAUGGAAGAGUGUGCUGCGUGAAUACAAAACCAAGAUGAAGGUAUGAAUUUUAAGGUAUUGCCAAAGGGUUUGUAUUACUGCAAAGCUUUCAUGGGGGCUUGUUGGUCCUAGGUUCUGAGCACAGGUACGUACUUUGAAUGAAGAUUUUGUGAGUGAUAAGAAAGCAAAGAGACUGGUAUAAAGAGAGUUCCAUGUUAAGGAGGGUGUACAAUCCAGAAGUUUGUAAAAGGUAAGAGAAUAAGAGGAUGAAUCGUGGAAUGGUUUAGUCAUACUGAAUUAAGUUUCUGAUCGAGCAUGGUGUUUCUGUUGUACAUUUCACUGUUCUCCAGUUCCAGAACACUUCAAAAUGUACAUGGAGAAUUGAGGAGCUUGCUCUCUAUUUUGGGAGUGGACUGUUAAGCCAGUUUUAGUGGAGUGGGCUGUUAAGCCAGAAGAAAAUAAAGAAUUGAUAAUAUG